AUGGCUGAUGAGCAGUACAGCCUCGUCGCUGCGGUCUUUAAAUCGGCCUCGGCAGUUACCUGUAUCGCUGUGUCCGUUUUCCUACUGUGCCCAUGGAUUGCUUAUGCUAGAUUACCGUCGUCUAUAAAAUCGCCAAUCAAUGGAAGAGGGCCAUUAUCAGCACUGCGGGCAUGCUUGAAUGAGAUCACCGCCGGAAACAAAACCUCCACAAAAGGAUACGAAUUAUACUCCAAAAAUGGACAAUCGUUUGCAAUGCUGAACAUCAACUUUCGCCCUCAAGUUAUCCUACCUCCGGAGCAUGUGCGCUGGCUGGUCACCCAACCAGAAGAUAUCCUGUCUCAUGCCAAGGCCAGUGACGAUGCUGACGCGCUGGGGUACAUCUGGCCGUUGUUCGAUGCAUCAGCUUUACACUCCUUCGGAAAAGUCCUCCAGAGUGAUCUCACUCGAAAUGUCGUACAGACAGAGGAGGAUGUCUUAGUAGAAGUGCAGCACAUCAUGGAUGAGCUUGUUGGUCAGACAGAAUCUUGGAAAGAAGUGAAUAUAGUUCAUGUGUUCGAAAGGAUCAUGUACCAGGCGACGCAGCGUGUUUAUGUGGGACUUCCUCUCUGUCGAGAUACUACAUAUAACAAAUGUGUGAAAGGAUAUGCCCGCUCCCUGGGAACGGCCAUGGUGUUCGCGGCUCAGCUUACACCUUGGCCCCUCAGACAGGUUACAGCCCUGCUCGCAGGUCUGCCAGUUUACUAUUAUGUCCUUCGGGUCCGAUCUUACCUUUCCCCGCUAUUCAAGGAACGGAUGGAGCGGCUGAAGGCGAAAGAAGGGACAAAGGGUAAUUUACUAGAAGGCGAACCAGGGAACCUGAUUACCUGGAUGUCAAAUAGCGUGAUUGCCGGGGUCGGGCCCAAGUCGGUCAGCCCCAGCGCAAUGGUAACAUGGCUUGGAAUAUUGGCCCUCCUACCAACAGAUAAUCUCUGGACUACAUGUACAAAUGUACUUCUUGAUCUGCUUAGCUCUGAAUCAGCGCACGCUUACCUUGAUACCAUCCGCGAGGAAGCCAAGUCAGUAUUCUCUGCAAGCAAGGAGUCUGGUCAGCCGGUAUCACACGGAUUGAAUCAUAUCGACAGCGCCAUUCGGGAAAGCCUGCGGAUGAAUUCGCUAUCCCUGAGAUCCCUCCAUCGCCAGGUUGUACGUCGUGGGGGGGUUGUGCUACCUGACGGCCAGAGGGUCCCUACAGGGACUUGGCUGUGUAUUUUGUCCGGCAGCAUUCAGAGAGACGACGACUUCUAUGAUGAUGCACAGACCUACAGGCCCUUCCGUUUCAUUCCAAAGCUGACUGGGGCUGGGAGCGGCAAAGCACCGAUUUUGCCUUUGACGAAUGAGAAGUAUCUUAGCUUUGGGCAUGGGCGACAUGCAUGUCCCGGUCGAUGGUUUUCGUUCCAGGUGAUGAAGAUCGUGAUUGCAUACAUCAUCGUCAACUAUGACAUCCAGCCACUGGAGAAACGCCCGGACAAUAUGGUGUUUGCAGAUCUCAACAUACCCCACCUAUGCCACAUUGUUCGGAUCAAGGGGAGAGCAUGA